AAUAAUAAUAAUAAUAAUAAUAAUAAUAAUAAUAAUAAUAAUAAUAAUAAUAAUAAUAAUAAUAAUAAUAAUAAUAAUAAUAAUAAUAAUAAUAAUAAUAAUAAUAAUAAUAAUAAUAAUAAUAAUAAUAAUAAUAAUAAUAAUAAUAAUAAUAAUAAUAAUAAUAAUAAUAAUAAUAAUAAUAAUAAUAAUAAUAAUAAUAAUAAUAAUAAUAAUAAUAAUAAUAAUAAUAAUAAUAAUAAUAAUAAUAAUAAUAAUAAUAAUAAUAAUAAUAAUAAUAAUAAUAAUAAUAAUAAUAAUAAUAAUAAUAAUAAUAAUAAUAAUAAUAAUAAUAAUAAUAAUAAUAAUAAUAAUAAUAAUAAUAAUAAUAAUAAUAAUAAUAAUAAUAAUAAUAAUAAUAAUAAUAAUAAUAAUAAUAAUAAUAAUAAUAAUAAUAAUAAUAAUAAUAAUAAUAAUAAUAAUAAUAAUAAUAAUAAUAAUAAUAAUAAUAAUAAUAAUAAUAAUAAUAAUAAUAAUAAUAAUAAUAAUAAUAAUAAUAAUAAUAAUAAUAAUAAUAAUAAUAAUAAUAAUAAUAAUAAUAAUAAUAAUAAUAAUAAUAAUAAUAAUAAUAAUAAUAAUAAUAAUAAUAAUAAUAAUAAUAAUAAUAAUAAUAAUAAUAAUAAUAAUAAUAAUAAUAAUAAUAAUAAUAAUAAUAAUAAUAAUAAUAAUAAUAAUAAUAAUAAUAAUAAUAAUAAUAAUAAUAAUAAUAAUAAUAAUAAUAAUAAUAAUAAUAAUAAUAAUAAUAAUAAUAAUAAUAAUAAUAAUAAUAAUAAUAAUAAUAAUAAUAAUAAUAAUAAUAAUAAUAAUAAUAAUAAUAAUAAUAAAAAUAAUAACAAUAAUAAUAAUAAUAAAAAUAAUAACAAUAAUAAUAAUAAUAAUAAUAAUAAUAAUAAUAAUAAUAAUAUGUAA